ACCAAAACAUCAUUUGCGCAUUCUCUUUGUUAAAGACUUCCCGCACGUGGCUGCUUUCUUUCAACAAUCUGCGACAACCCAUCAAGCCUCCGCAAAACUUUCGAAACAUCAACACAAUGUCAUCACUGGUUUCAGAGUAUGCAGCCGGCACACUAUUCGGCAGCGCCCUCUUUGCGGCAGGAGUAUUCGCGCCGAGUACAAUUGUUGCGCAGAUGAGACUUGAAGAUUUCACCAUGGCAAAGGCGAUGCUCGGUGCAAGUGCUACAAGCGCACUAGUCGUACACCUGGCCGACUCUACAGGAUUCUCGGCCAUGAAACCUCGCACACCCCAAUCCGUUGGCUACUUCCCCUACGACGGCAACAUUCUCGGUGGCGCGAUGAUUGGAGUUGGCAUGGCAUUGACUGGAGCCUGUCCUGGCACCGUCUUCGUCCAAGCUGGCGCAGGCCUUCCUAGCGGAAUCUUUGUGCUCGGCGGCGGCAUCUUGGGCGGCCUGCUCUUCGUCUCCGCGCAACCUAGCAUCGCAAAGCUACGUCAAGGCAGAAGCAAUAGUAAGUCGACAGCAGAGUUGACAAUCCCAAAGAGUAUGGGUGUAAGCCCUUGGCUCGUUCUCGCCAUGUGGGAAAUUUUGUGCUUCGGCAUGCUGCAGCUGCUUUCUGGAUUCGAGGGUCCGGGAAAGCAAGGUCUCGUGUCACCUGUCAUCGGAGGUCUUCUUAUCGGCACCGCUCAAGCUUGUGCCAUCGCACUCACUCGCCACACUGUCGGCACUUCUGGCGCCUUUGAAGAUGUCGGUCGAUGGUUGCGCAACGCGCUCUCUGGUGAUGCAUCUAAAGGACCAAUCACUGCCUCGGUCAUGUUUGAUUGUGGCAUCAUGUCCGCAAGCGCAUUGCUCGCCCGCUUCUUGCUCCCUGCUGCCGCCGCACAAGCAUCGUCGAAUCUAGUAUCUCCAGCUGUUGCAGUUGUUGGUGGUGCAGUAAUGGCGUUUGGAUCAAGGCUGGCAGGAGGAUGCACAUCUGGCCAUGGUAUCAGCGGCCUUGCGACUUUCUCUUGGGCCAGUCUGAUCUCGGUCGGUAGCAUGUUUGCCGCCGGUAUCUUGACUGCUGCUUUGAGAUGAAUUUGUCGAAAGUCAAAGAUGUUGCGAUCGUCUUCUUGGUGUUGGGCGGUUCUCGGUCUUUAUACAAUGAUACCCAGGUUUCCUUCCUUUUCUUCCUCUCUUGUACAGAAGAAAGAGUUUAACAGUAGUAAAUUAAUCGCAUGAACAAAGUUGAUACAUCCAGACCAGUAUUAGAAGUUAAUUGGUGAGAGCAAAUGUACAGAGGAAACGAGAAUGAGAAUGAGAGUAUUUCCUGUCAGGCCGUGUAGUCGUGAUGGAUUUGGUGUGAUCAUGACACAGAGCAGUCGGUAAACAAGCCUGGAGGCUUUGGAGGAUACAUCUUGCCAUCAAUCUCCAGUGGCGGCCCACAGGUGCAUCUCUGAUCUCUAGGGACCUUAUCCAUGGUAGCAGGUAUGUGUCUCCCACAACCCC